AUGCCGAUUUCCCGUAGCGAGUUCCUUUCCUAUCGUUAGCGAAUUAUCAAUUCAACAAGCUGUAUUGAUAAUUAAUCUAUAUCCAAGCCGUGUGACACUACGUCAGGUACACAGCAUCCAGGUAGGCGGACGGCGGUUACACAGAUGGACUUGUUCUUUCUGCGAUGAUUUAACAGUAAUGGAUAGAAGUGCUAUGGAUUCCAUCAACAUAUUUGGCUUCCUGUUUUUUAUUCUACUUCAAGGUGUUGCUGGGAAGGUUAACGUGUCUGCCCUUAUGACACAUCUCUUUACGAACUACCAUAAAGACAUCAAGCCUGUCUGCGAUAAUACCAGUCCGAUCGAAGUUCGCAUUGGAUUAGCUCUCCGACAGAUUAUCGAGUUGAAUGAACCAAAGCAGCUACUUCAGAUAAACGCUUGGUUAAGAUGGAAUUGGGAAGACUGCAACCUUGUGUGGAAUGCAACAGAGUUCGACUCUAUUGACCAUCUGAUUGUCCCUGUCAGUAAAGUCUGGAUACCAGAUAUCACUCUCUACGACAAUGCCGGUAGUUCUGUCGAAGGUGUGAAAGACUACAGACUCAGCAUUGGAUCGUCUGGCUCAAUGGCUUACAACUUCCCAACUGUCAUCACAAGUCUCUGUCAAGUAGAUGUCACUUACUUUCCAUUCGACACGCAGACAUGCGCACUUACGUUUGGUUCCUGGGCCUACCAUGGGUUACAGCUGAACAUCACCAACAAAUCCAUAUCGGGAGACCUGACAUCAUUCGUCAGCAACGUAGAGUGGGACGUGAAGGCCAUCAACAUCAUACGUCACGUGACCUUCUAUGGAUGUUGUCCGGAACCAUACCCGGAUGUGACGUUUUACCUCGUGCUCGACCGGAAGCCGCUAUUUUACUUGCUGAACUUGAUGUUUCCGUGUAUGUUGAUAACAUCUGUGGCAUGCCUAGGAUUUCUGCUUCCCCCAGACUCUGGGGAAAAGGUGUCACUGGAGAUAACAGUCCUACUGUCCCUUGCUGUUUUCCUCCUGGUCGUAUCUGAGACAUUACCGCCGUCAUCGGAAACUUUUCCAUAUAUAGGUGUCUAUUUCCUGUGUGCCAUGCUGUUGGUUUCCAUUUCCUGUCUGAUGACUGUCAUCGUACUCAAUCUUCACUACAAGGGCAAUCACGGGAAGGAGGUCCCGAAAAUCAUCCGGCAAUUAUUCUUCGGUAUUCUUGGGAAACUGGUCCUCGUUAAAUUACCUAAGACGUCCACUGCAACAGUCUCUCCAUCCCCGACAACGCCUAAAAUCAUAGAGGUCCAAGCAUUCGAUUUCGAAUCGAAAACCAGCAGCCUCGAGAAUGGAAAACAAAAUAAUAAGAAAUUGGAUGAAACGAAUCUUUAUGAAAACAAUAAAAACGUACGCUCGACUGAUUCCGAUUCCACACUGAACGCUAGUGAGCUGAUACACAUCCUGAGGAAGCAGUUAGACUCACUGUCCAAGAUCGAGAAGUUCAUGCGUGAUCACAACAAGUGGGAGGAAAAUGUGGCAGAGUGGCAACUUGUAGGCCAAAUUGUGGACCGGAUCUUCCUUUUCUUCUUCAUACUCAUCAGCUUUAUCACCACAAUAACAAUUUUUGUCCAGACAUCGUCUAAUUGA